AUGAUUCCGUGUUUAUUAUCAGUGAUUUUUGGAACAAUAUUUACGAUGAUGAUAGGAUUUUAUUGGUAUUCAAUAUUAUUUUGUGACCGUUACUUGAAGGAAGCAAAUAUUAAAUUAGACAAAAAAAAAGAAGAUGAUGAAUAAAAUAGUAAACCUUUGAUUUUAGAAUUGUUGGCCAGAUUCAUAAAGGCAUCUUUAAUUACAUACUUAUACAGCAUUCUCAAAGUGAAAAAUGAGAGAGAUUUGGGAUUGGCGCUAUCAUUGGCUGUGUUUUUUUGUGUCACUUUUGACUUGUAAUAUUUCACCUCAAAAGUGGUUUGGGAGUAAAAGACUUGGAAUUUCUUUUUUAUGAAGGUGAUUGAACAAUUUAUUUCACUUUCAACUCUUUCCAUUAUUGCAUACAUUUUUGUAUGA